AUGCCCCAGUUUCGCAUUCGCCAGCGAGCCGGCCCUGACGACGCCGCCUUCAUCGCAGCGGCCUUUGAUUCAACCCUCCCACAUCUCGCGUCCAUCGGCAGUGGCAAGCAAUGGGGGACUGAACUCUGGUCUCAAAAGGAAAACUUCACAAAGGAGGUCCAGGCUGCGAUUCAUCAAUCUGAAGUGAACCGCACCACGGGCGAAGGGGAAUAUGUGCGCGUCCUCAUCGCCGAAGUCGAGGGGGCGGACCUGGAUGGCGGCUCUGGGAGCUACAGGGAAGAUGAGACCGGCGAAAAGCUCCUUAUGGUCGGCGCCGCUAUCAUCCAAAAGGCGUUCUCUCCCUACCUUGUUUCGGACCCAAAGUGCGAGACUAUUAUCAACGAGGCCAACGCGCGGGACGACUUCAUAUUCCUGCGAGCCCUUGCGUCGGAUUUUCGGACAGGGUCAUUUCGGAGAGGGGCUGGCGCCGCAUUGGUCGAUGAGAUAAAAAUGCAUGCGCGACUUCUUGGGAAGAAGGCAGUCUACGUGGAUUGCUGGGCUGGCAACGACGGGAAGCUUGUGGCGUUCUAUGAGCGUCAAGGAUUCCGCGUCGUGGCCCCAUUCGAGAUUGUGCAGCCGGACAAGCCUGCGUGGCCUGGGGCAUUUCUACGGCUGGAUAUUGCCGACUGA